GUACUUACUCCUUACUCUUUGGUUAUGCCAUAUAGUAAAAGUGUUCUGUGGUUAUGCCGUAUUUCUGUGUUGGCGAUUAGCGUAUGGCUGCCAUUUUCUCAUCAGUGAUCAAAUUAUUUUGAAUUGGAAUAGAAUUUACAAUUAAAUAAAGUACAAUGCCUGAUAUGAUCAAAUCUGCCGCCGACAUCAAAACCGCGCCUUUUGAUCCUCGGUUCCCUAACACAAAUCAAACAAAGCACUGUUACCAGAGCUAUGUAGACUACUUCCGCUGCCAGAAGGUGCGUGGUGAGAACUACGAGCCAUGCAAUUACUUCAAGCGGGUCUACAAGUCACUUUGCCCCAACGAGUGGGUCGACAAGUGGGACACACAACGCGAAGAGGGCACCUUCCCCGGAAGAAUCUAAUUUGUAUUCCUUAGUCAUUGUUAAUUUAUUUAAGUAGAAUAAAAGUAAAAUGAGUUACAAA